ACUCCCUUCUGAAUCAUCAUCAACACCUCCACCGCCCCACCCCCAAAAAAUCUCCGCUCCGCAGCCUUCUGUUACUAGUCAAUCGAAUUCGGUUCACUUUCCUGUUUUCGAACUUACUGCGAUUUCGUAUCACUUUUCCGCCAGCCAUGUCGGAAUCGGCCACCACGCAUCCGACGCAGGAUAUCGCGGAUGAUAUCAAGGCUCUGCAACUCGAUUCAGCUGCAGAGGAUACUGUGAUGGCUAACACAGAAGACUGGAAGCAUGAUAUAAUUGUAAAUCCCGAUACCAGCGGAGCAGAGGAUGCUGUGAUGGCGAAUACAGAAGCUGGGAAGCCUGAUACAUCUGUAAAUCAUGACAAGACGGAUGUAGACGAUGCUGUGAUGGCUACUUCAGAAGAUGGGAAGCAUGAUACAACAGAUGGAGUGAAAGAGAAGGAAAGCAUUCCUUUGGAUGAUGUCGAGGAUGUGGAUGAGCAGACAAAGAGACACUUGAAUGUUGUAUUCAUUGGUCAUGUUGAUGCUGGGAAGUCCACAAUUGGAGGGCAAAUUCUUUAUCUUAGUGGGCAAGUUGAUGAACGCACAAUACAAAAGUAUGAGAAAGAAGCUAAGGACAAAAGUAGGGAGAGUUGGUAUAUGGCAUAUAUCAUGGACACAAACGAAGAAGAGAGGGUUAAGGGGAAAACUGUUGAAGUCGGGAGAGCUCACUUUGAGACAGAAACCACAAGGUUUACAAUAUUGGAUGCCCCGGGACACAAAAGCUAUGUGCCGAACAUGAUCAGCGGAGCAUCUCAAGCAGAUAUAGGUGUACUAGUGAUUUCAGCUCGAAAGGGAGAAUUUGAAACUGGUUAUGAGAGAGGUGGACAGACACGUGAACAUGUCCAGCUAGCAAAAACCUUGGGAGUUUCUAAGCUUCUUGUCGUUGUCAACAAAAUGGACGAGCCUACUGUGAAGUGGUCCAAAGAGAGAUUUGAUGAGAUUGAGUCAAAAAUGUCUCUAUUUUUGAAAUCCUCAGGUUAUAAUGUGAAAAAAGAUGUUCAGUUUCUCCCAAUAUCUGGUCUUAUGGGCACAAAUAUGAAGACUAGAAUGGGCAAAGAUAUAUGUCCAUGGUGGAACGGUACAUGUCUUUUUGAAGCUCUUGAUGCUAUUGAAAUUCCACCACGUGAUCCCAAAGGUCCUUUCAGAAUGCCUAUUAUCGACAAAUUUAAGGACAUGGGAACUGUUGUCAUGGGGAAAAUAGAAUCUGGGACCGUCCGUGAUGGGGACACUAUGGUAGUCAUGCCUAAUAAGGUACAAGUUAAAGUUCUUGCCAUUUUCUGUGAUGAAAAUAGAGUGAGGCGUGCUGGACCUGGUGAAAACUUGCGUGUCAGGUUGUCGGGGAUUGAAGAAGAGGAUAUUAUCGGCGGGUUUGUUUUAAGUAGCGUUGCAAGACCAGUAGCUGCUGUAUCAGAGUUUCUUGCCCAGCUGUCAAUUUUGGAGUUACUCGACAAUGCAAUUUUUUGUGCUGGGUACAAGGCUGUUCUACACAUCCAUUCUGUUGUGGAAGAAUGUGAGAUUGUUGAGUUGACACAGCAAAUUGAUCCAAAAACCAGAAAACGUUUGAAAAAGAAACCACUUUUUGUUAAAAAAGGUGCUGUUGUGGAAUGCCGCGUUCAGGUGAACAACAUGAUUUGCAUUGAGAAGUACUCGGACUUUCCACAGCUUGGGCGGUUUACUCUCCGCACUGAAGGGAAAACUGUUGCUGUGGGAAAAGUAACUGGGCUGACUUCAAGUGAGAGCGCUUAAAAAUUUUGUCGUGAGAGCUGGCUGAUUUCUGAGCUUUCUGGUGAAAAGAGGCAACAUGACAGCACCUGGUUCUAGUAUCGUCUCCUUCAAAUGAAUUUGAGGGUGAUUGGAAUGAGAUUGGUUAGGUGCUCUUUUCGGUGGUUUGUUAUUAUUUUGGUUGAGAGUGUAAGAUGUGGCUCAGUUGUAAGUUUGUGCGGUUCUUAUUUAUCCUAGAGUCCUCUUCAUAGACAGUUUCGAUAUAUACAGAUUAUGUGGUCGCAUUUAUUAUGAACUUGCUCCAUGUUUCCUCAACAAUUCACUUUCAUUUAUUAUACAUAUAGCCUCUUUUGGGCUUUGCUCAAAAUUGGCCUCAGAUGUUUA